UAAGUAAACAAGUCUUUUGUAUUAAUAUAUUAGAUUUUUUUAUCGUUUUUUUGAUAUUGCAUGACUACAUUCAACAAAAAAGCACCUUUCCUACCAAUUAAUUUUAAGAUAUGUCGUCAAAUAACGUUUCAAUGGCGUUUUAUUGAUAAUAGAGACUUCAUUAAAAUAUGUUAUUAGGACGUUAUUUGACGUCGCCUUGUUUGUUGAGUUUGUAUAACUGUUGUUAAAUUUUUAAUAUUAUUAUUCUUGCUCUUAUAUAAUUUCUAUUAAAUCCAAACGUAUAAAUCAAUCAUAUUAAAUAAUCUUACAAAAUUUGCAAAGUUCUUUUUACUGCAAAUCGCAGUCAUGAAUUUGAAUGAGUAACAAAAUAAUGUUAGAUGCCACGCGCAUACGCGGCGCGUGAAAAUUCUAGAUCCAGAUUUAACCUAUACCUACCUACCCUACACCUACACAACGACAGUGUAUGCGAUCCUAUGCUCGACAAGAUUGUUGCAACGGUCUGUAUUCUGUAUAAGUUCUUUGUAAAUAGUGUAUUGUAACGAAAGUCUAUAACGGAAUGUAUAAAAUAAUAGAAUUUAAUGAAAAAGAAGGAGGUGGCUUGGCAAUUGUGCAUACCACGUGGUUAACACCACGAAAAAAAGAAGCUUUUUGGCCACCUUACAAAGGCAACACAAAUUUUAUGCGUGCCUUAAAAAAAGGGGAAAGUGUAAACGAAGAAACGUGGCAAAUUUAUAGAAUCGCUCGUAAUUUCUAUGAAACUGAUGAUUUAGAUAAAGCCAAACGUAAGCUUUCUUUGGCAGAAGAUAAAAGUGAUCUCAACACAGAAGCAGAAUCAAAUGUUCAACUUACUACUAGAAAAAGAAAUAGACCUGCAAAACGAAUAUACGAUAGUAGUAGUGGUGAAGAAGAACAAAUAAAUAGCAUAUUUGAACGGCCUGCAAAAAUUUCUCAUUGUUAUGGUUUGUAAUUAAUAUUCUUUUGAAUUCUUUUACGUACACACGCGCAUAUAUACACAAAAAAUAUAUAUACAUAUCAAUUUAUAUUAUUUUUCUAUUAUUAACAUCUAUAGAUGUUGGCAAUAAUUCUAAAAAUAUCAGUGAUGAGAAGAGAAAUGAUAGUUUAUUAAAAGAUGAAAUUAAUAUUGCAAGCCAAACAAAAGAUACUUGGUCAGUUGCAACUAGCACAUCUUUAAUUUCUGAUCAGUUCGGUAAGUUAUUUUAUAAAGUAUUCUGUUUUUUGAACUUUGUAACCACAACAUUUAAAAGGUAUUUAUAAAGUGAUCCUUUUUUUAAUAUCAUUUGUAGACGAUAAUAGUAAUAAUGGUAUUAAGAACAUAAGUAGCAUGCAAAGAGAUAAUAUUUCAAUUGGAACAAAUAUUGCUGCUGAUAUAUCUUUGACUUCUGCUUCUGGCCAAUCUGGUACGUUUUUUCUAACUUAUAUUAAAUAUUAUAUUUUUUUAAAGUAUUUUAGAUUAUUUAAGAAAUUAAAUAAAUUAAAGAAAUAUAAUUU